GCAUUCAGCUGUAGGUUUCAGUAUGGGGAUCGGACCCGUGACCAAGCUUGAAGUAGUGCCCCAAGAAGUAGAGAUUGUACCACUGAGCUAUCCAACAAUCUUGUGUCAGGUGGUUUAAAAUUAAUAUAUGUAUAUAAAUAUAAAUUUUCUACCUUAUAUUAUACAAUGUAAUUUUUUGCCGAGGGGGUUCGAACCCCCUCGCCACUACGUAGGUCCGCUCCUGCCGGGGUCUAUCGAAAACAAUCUCUCUACUUCAUCUGAGGUAGUGGUAUGAACUGCAUACGCUUUAUCCUCUCAGACCCCACUUUGUGGGGAUACACGAAAUAUGUUGUUGUUGUUUUUGUUGAUUCAUUACCAAAGAUGAAAAACAAAAAAAUAAGUGUUUGUAAUUUAUUCGUGUACAGAUUCUUAUACAUCGUCAAGAACUCUUUUACCGUCAUAAAUUUGUGGUGUCAAUUUGUUUUCCAUAAUAACACUUUUUGCUAUCCUUAUGCCGAGGAUUUUUCGGAAACAGUCUCUUUACCUCAAUGAUAAGAUUUGCGUACACUUUAUCCUUUCGAAACCUCAUUUAUGAGAUUUUACUGUUGACGUCGUUGUUGAAUUUGUUUUGCGACUGUCUGUCUAUACGUCUUCUUCAAAUGUCACAUCUAAAAUGACCAUGUAGAUAACUUUUAAGUAAUUAUCCCAAGUAUUUGAAAUGUCAAAUCAACAUUGGAGUGGUAAUAUGUUUCUAAUAAUUAUUCCUCAAGUUACUAUAUACUAAUAAGACUUAUUUUGACCCUUCUAUGGAGAGUGAUUUUGGUGACUAUUCCGAAAUUAGGAAUGUUCAAUUAAUUAGGCAGCAAUUUUGUUUCUCAAGCUGUGGUAAAAAGAUAAAUAUUGACCACAUUUUACUCAUUUCAGCUUGAUAAUAAUCUUCUAUGAAAAUCCAUUAACAUAUAUUAUUCUAAGGUGAUAAAUAUAUAAACUUGUCGUGAUUAACUAAUACUCCACUAAAUUAAUACUAUCUAUGUUGCCAAUCAUGACCUCUAACUCCAUGUUAGUUAAAUAAUUAAAAUGACAUUGAUCAUUAUUUCUAGCCUAAUUAAUCUCUUGUUACCUAAUUAAACUGAUACUAAUACAAGGAAGCAAGCAAGAAACUCCCUGUGCCUCCAUUACUUUUCCUAGAUAUUAUAGUUUAUUCUAUUCAAAACUCAUAAACAAAACGUGAUAGAAUUAAUAUACAUCUAUAAAUAUGUAUGUGCAUGCAUGAAUAAUGUAAUUACAAGUUAACAAACAUGGCAUUAGAUCCAAUUGUUUCUUCAAACUCAAGUGCUAGGAGAUGGACAGAUCGUAUAAGCAAUGCACUUCAAAAAGAAGUUGCUAUUGACUUUAAUCUUCUUCCUCCUAUAUGUGUCCUCCAGGUUCCUAAAACACUAAGUCACAAAAAACCAGAAGCUUAUACUCCUCAGCUCAUUGGUAUGGGACCUUAUCACCAUUUAAGGCCUGAUUUAUAUCAAAUGGAAAGGUUCAUGGACUUAGAUGAGGAGACUUUAGCUUGGAUAGUAGCUAUUGAUGGUCUAUUCUUGGUUAACAUUCUCUGUUCAGCGUAUGGGAAUAACGUGCAUGAUGAACAUGAAAAUAAUAUUGAUGAUACUAUUUUCACACGAGACUUUAUGAUGCUUGAAAACCAAAUCCCCUUUGUGGUCAUGAAGCAAAUCAGAAAGUUUCUCCGUCUCUCUUCCCCUCAGGAUAGGGAAGACACCGAGUUGAUUUCCAUGUUUAGGCGCUUCUGUGAGAUGCAUUCUCCACUUCCUUUGCCUGCAAAGAGUGAGUACCAUAGAAAUAAUGGAAAAGAAACUCGGCCUCUUCAUUUGCUCGAUCUUAUGUAUCAUUUGAUCCUUGAUGAUCGUGUUGAUUUUGCUUCGGUUCCUAUUCAGAUGUCAUCCAUUGUUUUCAAACAUGAUGAUAAAGAUGAAGAAGAUGUUCAAGAUGAAGAUACACAUGAAAAAAUUAUUCACAACUUUGAAACAAUCUUGGAGGUGUUGGAGCCUAUAGGACCAAGAAAUGUGCAGAAACUUGUAAAGCCCAUUAACCAGGUUGUGGAAAAAGUGCCAUGGUCAACGAUUUCUGGACUAUUUAGGGAAGGUGUAGAAAUACAUGGAGACGGAGAAAGCAAGAAUAUCAGUACUAUCCCUUCAGCAUCCCGAUUAUGGUGUUAUGCCGGGGUCAGAUGCAUCCCCAUCCCUGAGGGUAUCAGUAGGAUCAAAUUUGAACAAGCUUCUCAAACGUUAUACCUUCCUGUGAUCACCAUGAACACCGGCGCAGAAGUGUUACUUAGAAACUUGAUGGUCUAUGAAGCUGCCAUGUCGAAAUCCAAGUUCGAAUUUGCCAGAUACAUCAAUCUAAUGAGUGGGGUUGCAGAUGCUAUUAAGGAUGUGAAGUUGCUAAGGAAAGCCGGUGUUAUCAAAGGGGAUUUGACUGAUAAUGAAAUUGCCACUUUGUUCAGUACCAUGCAAAGGUCAUUUGUAAGGUCUAAUGGAAGUUCUAACGUGGCGAUCGCCAUGGAGGAAGUCAACAAGUACUACGACCAGAGGCUAAUCGUUAGGGCUCGUAGAAGAUUGAAGAAAAACAUCUAUGUUUCUUGGAAGUUUUUGCCUGUUGCUAUGUCAAUAUCCUUUGUCUUGCUUCUACUGUUCCAGACAUUUUGCUCUGUGUAUCGCUGCCACAAUAUUUGGGGCAAUUUUAGAGUCUAGAAUGUUGUCAAUAAUCCCAAUAUUAGUAUGUAAAUUCUAUUGUAUAUUUCUGUCACUGUAAAUUUAUGUUGCAAACAUCCACAUUUUAGAUACAUAUCAAUGAUUGAAUUCAAUAUACAUAUGUCCAAACCAGAAGGCAUUUUUACUGCACAACAGUGCAACUGUUUCCAAGCUCAGUUAGAGCAAAAUCAGCAAAGAUACCCAUCAAACUUGACAGCACAAACAUAUCCAAUGCGAUGCUACUUU